AGUUGCAGCGUUGGUGUGACUUUACAGUGUUGGACGGGUGGAUGAGUGACCACCCGGCGGCAUAGCCGUAUUCAAAGUGUGAAGUUGCUGCCGUCAAGAAAUAUCCCGAAAGCAGAGCGCAAUCUCUGAUCUGGAGGAAAAUGGCUCCCGUUGCCCAAGACGAGUCGACCUCAUCAUCGUCGGAUCGGCCCGUCGUGCUCCUGACGGGAUAUGGUUUGUUCAGAGAAUACUCUUCAAAUUCCUCCAAAGAGGUUGUUGACAGAAUCGCUGCCACUGGAAUCGAGGGAAUCGAUCUCCGCACAGAAAUCCUUCCGGUGGUCUAUGACUCAGUCAAAAAACGUACACAGGAACUCCAUGAGCAGUGCAAGCCUUGCGUCACGAUACACUGCGGGAUGUAUUCGGAAGCGAAUGCUGUCAUACUCGAACAGGUCGCUCGGAACACGGGGUACGACGUCGCCGAUGUUAAUGGGGACGUUGUAUGCAACAAUUGCUGCGUGGAACAAGCACCUGAAUUCCUCAAAACCUGCUUCGACCUGGAGGAGAUUGCCGGCAAUUGUAAGACGGAAGUUCCGGUUUACAUCUCUCGCGACGCCGGCUUGUACCUGUGCGAGUACAUAUAUUACCUCGCCUUGAAUCGAUGCCAGAAGUCGCUAUUCAUCCACAUACCGGCGCUCAGUGAUGUUUUUCCCCUGGACAAAGUGGUUGAAGCUGUCAAACGCAUCAUCAUCCUCACCGUACAACAAAGCCGACAGGGAACGACAGAGGCUUCUUCAUGAUAUGCUCCGAUCGAGCCUAUUGCUGUCAGUGCGGAAAUGGAAGAAUUCAUAUUAUAUUUUAGCGUAUAUCAUCGUCGAAGCUGGUCGAGGAAGAGAAGCGGAAAAUACUCCCCCGUCAUAUUUUCGGAGCCCCCUGGGGUUCCCUGACGAUGGUCUCUCAUCUUAUUUGGAUCAUCAAGAUUAUAUUCUAAACAUGGAUGAUUAUACAGGGGUCAAGUUCCAGAAUUCUCACAACUUUUGGGGCUCUGGUAUCAUAAUGGAGCGGAAUAUCUUAUCAGAAGGAAAAGAGUGAAGUCGAACCGUCACAGAAUCAAAUAUCUAAUUUAAGCUAAUGAUGAUUCUUGCCGAGAACUGUUGACCCGCUAAUAAAAUAUAUGCUGUCAUCAGA